AUGGGAGUGCAGGGUUUUCAGGACUACAUCGAGAAGCACUGCCCCAGCGCCGUAGUGCCCGUCGAGCUGCAGAAGCUGGCGCGGGGCAGCCUCGUGGGUGGGGGCCGCCAGCGGCCACCUCAGACCCCGCUGCGCCUCCUCAUCGAUGCCGACAACUGCCUGCACCGGCUCUACGGCGGCUUCUACACGGACUGGGUGAGCGGCGGGCAGUGGAACCACAUGCUGGGCUACUUGGCGGCCCUGGCCAAGGCCUGCUUCAACGGCAACAUCGAGCUCUUCGUCUUCUUCAACGGUGCCCUGGAGAAGGCCCGGCUCCACGAGUGGGUGAAGCGCCAGGGUAACGAGCGCCAGACGGCGCAGCAGAUCGUCAGCCACGUCCAGAACAAGGGCACCCCGCCGCCCAAGGUCUGGUUCCUACCGCCCGUCUGCAUGGCGCACUGCAUCCGCCUGGCCCUCAUCCGCUUCCACAUCAAGGUUGCACAGAGCAUUGAAGAUCAUCACCAAGAAGUAAUUGCUUUCUGCAGAGAGAAAGGUUUCCAUGGUUUGGUUGCAUAUGACUCCGAUUAUGCGUUGUGCAACAUCCCUUACUAUUUCAGUGCCCAUGCCCUAAAACUGAGCCGUAAUGGGAAAAGCCUCACAACAAGCCAAUACCUAAUGCAUGAAGUUGCCAAGCAACUGGACCUGAAUCCAAAUCGCUUUCCUAUUUUUGCUGCUCUUCUAGGUAAUCAUAUUCUACCUGAUGAAGAUUUGGCUUCCUUUCAUUGGAGUUUACUUGGUCCAGAACAUCCACUAGCUUCACUUAAGGUACGUGCUCACCAGUUAGUUUUACCACCCUGUGACGUAGUGAUCAAAGCCGUAGCUGACUACGUCCGAAAUAUUCAGGACACCACUGAUUUGGAUGCCAUAGCUAAAGAUGUUUUUCAACAUUCACAGUCUAGAACAGAUGACAAAGUUACUCGGUUUAAGAGAGCAGUUGCAUAUUACUCAGCAACUAAUAAACCUAUGCCAUUUCAUCCAUCACAUUACCUAGCAGCCAGACCAAAUCAGUUUGGUAUGCCUGGGAUAGUGCCACCAUAUGUUCCUUCUCAGAUGCUUAACAUUCCACAGACCUCACUACAAGCAAAACCUGUGGCCCAGCAGAUGUCCAAUCAGGGUGGGGCCCAAGGUCAGGGUCCAUACCCAUACAGUCUCUCUGAGCCAGCCAUCACCUUGGAAACAGGUGGAAAAAGUCUUUCUGAGCAGAACAACUACAGUAACAUUCCUCACGAAGGAAAGCAUACACCAUUGUAUGAGCGGUCCUCUCCGAUCAACCCAGCUCAGAGUGGCAGCCCUAACCAUGUGGAUUCAACCUAUUUCCCUGCCUCUUCUACAUCCUCCUCCUCUGACAACGAUGAAGGCAAUGGUGGUGCAGUGAACCAUGUCAGUGGGAACAAAAUAGGCUGGGAGAAAACGGGAGCCCAGUCAGAAAGUCAAACGCGUGGAGAGCUGGGAGACCAAACAAAGGUAGAAGGUUCCUCUAGUGCUUCUUCAGGAAGUCAGGCAGCUGAUGUCAAAGGGAAUCAAAGCAGUAAUCCACAAAUCCCCUGCCUGUUGUCAAUGCCCACCAGAAACCACAUGGAUAUUACUACCCCUCCAUUACCUCCUGUAGCACCUGAAGUAUUAAGAGUGGCAGAACACAGGCACAAGAAGGGGUUAAUGUAUCCUUACAUCUUUCAUGUCCUAACCAAGGGUGAAAUCAAAGUUGCUGUUUCUAUAGAAGAUGAAGCCAACAAAGACCUGCCUCCUGCUGCUCUCCUUUAUAGGCCAGUUCGUCAGUAUGUUUACGGAGUCCUCUUUAGUUUGGCAGAAAGCAGAAAGAAAACUGAAAGGCUUGCUUUUAGAAAGAACAGACUUCCACCUGAAUUUUCACCAGUGAUCAUUAAAGAAUGGGCUGCUUACAAAGGAAAGUCUCCUCAGACCCCUGAGCUGGUGGAAGCACUCGCAUUCAGGGAAUGGACCUGUCCCAACCUGAAGAAGCUGUGGCUGGGAAAAGCAGUGGAAGACAAGAACCGAAGAAUGAGGGCGUUUUUGGCCUGCAUGAGAUCAGACACACCAGCAAUGCUCAACCCAACUAACGUGCCCACUCAUCUUAUGGUGCUCUGUUGUGUACUAAGGUAUAUGGUACAGUGGCCGGGGGUUCGGAUACUUCGCCGCCAGGAACUCGAUGCUUUUCUUGCCCAAGCAUUGUCUCCGAAGCUGUAUGAACCUGACCAGCUUCAGGAACUCAAGAUAGAGAACCUUGACCCACGCGGGAUCCAGCUGUCAGCCCUGUUCAUGAGCGGGGUGGACAUGGCUCUCUUCGCCAAUGACGCCUGCGGCCAGCCCAUCCCCUGGGAGCACUGCUGUCCCUGGAUGUACUUCGAUGGAAAGUUAUUCCAGACCAAGCUCAUCAAAGCAAGCCGGGAGAAAGUUCCGCUCAUUGACCUCUGUGACGGUCAGGCUGAGCAGGCAGCCAAGGUUGAAAAGAUGCGUCAGAGCAUCCUAGAAGGAUUAAAUUUCUCCAGGCAGAACCAUCCUCUCCCUUUCCCACCUCCACCUGCCAUGCCUUUCUAUCCAGCUUCUAUGUAUCCUCGACACUUUGGGCCAGUCCCACCACCUCAGGGCAGGGGGAGAGGCUUUGCUGGAGUCUAUGGCUUCGGAGGCCCUUAUGGGGAAACAGUAGCCACAGGCGCUUACCGGGCCUUCCGGGUGGCGGCAGCGGCAGGACACUCCGGAGCCUUCUCUGGCAAUGACAGCAACAGGACUAGCAAGUUUCAGGGCGGAGUCCAACCUAUUCCUUCUCAGGGAGGGAAACUUGAAAUUGCCGGCACUGUGGUCGGCCACUGGGCUGGAAGCAGACGCGGACGAGGGGGCAGAGGGCCGUUUCCUCUGCAGGUUGUGUCUGUGGGAGGCCCAGCCAGAGGGAAAAAUCUUACUCAGCUCCCUGAAGGGCACACUUUCACCUUGUUAAAAAGCAAGUGGGAUAGGCGUCCUAGAGGAGUUAUUUCCACUCCAGUGAUAAGAACUUUUGGAAGAGGCGGAAGGUACUAUGGGAGAGGUUAUAAAAGCCAGGGAGCAAUUCAGGGCAAACCUCCUUAUGCUGCUUCAGCAGAAGAAGUAGCCAAAGAACUUAAGUCAAAAUCAGAGGAAUCUAAAUCCUCACUUGUGUCUUCAGAUGGAUCCCUGGCUGAAAAUGGAGUUGUGAAUGAGGAAAAACCAGCUUCCCAGAUGAAUGGGAACACAGGAGACAUCAGGGCUUCCAAUCAGUCUGAAAGUGCCUUGAGUAAUGACUCUAAAAUGUGCAAUACAAAUCCUCACUUAAAUGCACUAAAUGCAGACAGUGUUUGCCAUAAAGAUGAUGCUCUUGAGGCCACUGUCUUAAAAAAAGAAGAGUAAACUUAUUUUUUAUAGAGGGUGAAGGAUGUUGGGAAGGGUCAGGAUUAGGAAUAUCUGGAAAGAAAGAGAGCCUACAGUUAUGUACAUUUUUUCCUUUCCGUAAGAGAAAAAUGAGGACUUUGGAAAUUCGGAUCCCUCUUUGAUGUCAGAGAUUUAAAAACAACACAAUUUUUGGUUUUUUUUUUCUUUAGUUUUAACCAGUUGUAGUCAAAAUGCUACAAUAAAACAAAAAGAAGAAGAAAAAAAAAAAAGAAAAAAAGAAAAAAAACCACCAAGCAAGAGAAUGAAGAGCAUUUGACUCCCGCACUUAAAAUGAAGUAUACAUAAAGUUGAAACUGGUUAUGACGAAAGCUUGUAGGUUUUUGUUGGGUUUUUUCUUUUGAACUAUAAAGAAAAAAAUAAACAACAACAAAUUU